AAGCUGGCAAACGCUUGAAGAUAGAAAAGCCCGAAGAUUAUUGUAAGGUCUGGAACCGACGGAUAUCUACAGAGACAAGCCACUGAAGUCCGGUCUGUCUCCCCAAGUUCGUUGGAACCAAUAAGAGCCCAGAGAAUGUACGAAAAGUGGAGUCACGAACGAAUGGAAGCUUCCAACAACAUGGUAACGCAGCCUGGGUCCCUGGCUCCUGUGAGGCUGUGAUGAUCAACCUGGUUUCCAACCGUACUGGCCUCUCUUAUAUUCGUCCUCUCUCAUCUUCACCCUCCGCAAACUCGCCCAAAAAUCACGCGUUCUAUGUUCACCUCUUCCGCAUCCGAAAAGAAUGGCCGUUGUCGAUGAGCUUGGACUUGUCGUCAGUGUCUGCGUUGACGGCACGCCAGCCGCCGAGUACGAUGAUCCGGAGCCCGACGUCGCCGGACGACCGGAGUCUGGCAUCACAUCAGUCUGCGACAAAUACAUUGAAUCUGUAGACAAUUCGGAAUUCUUGUUAGCCUGGGAGGUCUUGAACUCGCGGAAAAAGAUGUAUCAGUAUCACGACCCAUACUUCGGCCUCGCUUUCUACUGCUACGUUGACGGCAUGUAUGCUGGAUCGCGGAUUGCUCGCAGCAAAGAUUUCCGAGGUGGUCGCUGGCGUAUGGAGCUCCGAGGCCUCGAGGAUUUUGACCCCAGCGACAAUUUGACCCACCUGAGACGAUUCAGAUUCGCAACUGUCGUUACAGUCGACAAUACUGAUAGUAGAACCGUCAAGGAGGACGCGGAACGUGCGAAGUACCUUGGCUUGAUCCAGGUCAAGGUAUGGCGUGUGCGUGGGACGCCGAAUGCCAAGUCCUCCCCCGUUCUCCCGACCAACCCAUCUCGGUCGGCCAAUGCCAACUUUACCUUUGCCGAGAAAGCUCUCAAGGGCCGAGCGGUCUCACAUGGAACCGGGUUCUCUCCCCGUGUCAUUACCAACCCACUGUAUGAGUACCAGUCCUAUCGUCUUGAUCAACACCCUAUCGCCAUUUUCAACUUGAAAUAUAGAUCCAAAUCUGCUCUAGUGAAGGAGAUGGUCAUUCUCCGCUCCCCAAGCCCGAGCCCUUCCGUUGAUGGCCUGGGCCAGGAGGAAGUGCAGAGACUGGCGCGCGAGCGGUUGAGCCAGUUAAAGGCCGAGAAACAUGAGCGGACACCAACUAUCAAGCGGGAGUUUGGCGCGGUUUACGAUCUCACGGGGGAGGGUGGACCACAGCGCCCGCUGAAGAUAUUGAAGCGCGACGGCAAGGAGACGAUCGACUUGACAGAGGACUGACGGCUGAAAAUCUUG